AUGGCUUCGAGGUUAGACCGCCUGGUUAAGUUGCUGGAGACUGGUAGCACCCAGCUUAUACGAAACACUGCAGCGCAGCAGCUCGGUGAUGUACAAAAGCAGCACUCGGACGAACUGUUCAACUUGCUCGCUCGCGUCGUCCCAUAUCUAAGACACAAAUCAUGGGAUGUCCGCACCUCUGCUGCAAAGGCCCUAGGCUACAUCGUCGAGAACACAAGCCUGUUCGAGCCAAACGCAGACGACGACGAUAACAAAGCGGAUGGAAUCAAAUCUGAAGACACCGCCGGAGCUUUGCAUUCUGCAGCCAACGACUCGCUGGACACUUUACGACUUGAUGAUCUGGACAUAUCAGCUGUCAUUACCAACGGCACAAAACUUCUUGCAAGUGGCACCCAUGAAGUUGAUGACCUCAUUGCGAGCCAAGAUGCUGUCACGCAGUUGGAUUUCAAGAGGCGCGCUGCCAUCUGUAAACUCGGCCUGCGUGGCAGCAACGUCUCCGAGCGGAUUCAGCAAAUUAUUCGGGAGAUGGACAUCAAGCCCAAGCGUGCUGGCAGCGAAGUUGGCCCCCCAUCGGUGCCUAAGAUCGACACUUCUGAUAAUAUGAUUCUCGAAGAUGAUGAAAUGCAAACGCCAACUACCUUCUCCGCCAGAUCCGCUCUACCCAUGUCAGCGGAAACUCCCACAGAGCCUGGGGGCCUCAGCAAGCGGCAACUCAACCAACUGAAGCGCAAGCAAAAACUCGAUGCUCGUUCUCAGGCAAGCAAGGUCCGCGUAGUAGACCUAUCGGCGAGACGACUAAGUACUAACACGCCCUCCACUCCCUCAGGGAUAGCGCCCUUUGCCGUCAAACCAAGCAUCAAGUCAGAAGCGGAUGACGAGGACAAAGAUGACAUCUUCUCCCUCAAGCACAGCAAUGUCGAUGAGUCCGCCAAGAUUGUCUCGGACUUCAAAGGUAUCAAAGACAUUGCUCCUGAGAAAUCGAUGCUUCAGACCGACGCCGAAGAAAGCGGUUUAGAGUGGCCCUUCGAGCGGCUCUGUGAGGUCUUGGCCGCAGAUCUUCUCGAUGCUUCCUGGGAGAUUCGGCACGGAGCUGCUCUGGGGUUGCGUGAGGUCGUCCGAAUUCACGGUGCCGGGGCUGGUCGAGAGAGUGGUAAAUCAAAGUCCGAAAAUGACGCGCUCAACGCUGUGUGGGCAGACGACCUUGCUUGUCGUUUAUGCUGCGUUCUGAUGCUCGAUCGAUUUGGGGAUUAUAUUUCGGACAAUGUAGUUGCACCCAUACGUGAGACAAUUGGACAAACUUUGGCAGCCCUUCUGGUUCAUCUUCCGGCGCCUAAAGUAAGAUCAAUCUACAGAGUACUGCACCAAAUGGUCAUGCAGAGUGACUUGAAGAUCUCAAACCGGAUCUGGGAGGUGUGCCAUGGUGGUAUGACUGGCCUGCGAUACUUGGUCGCCGUUCGUACAGACUUAUUAGUGGAUGAUGAGAAGCUUAUGGACGGCAUUGUUGAAGCUGUGUUGAGAGGUCUUGCAGAUAUCGACGACGAUGUACGGGCCGUCAGCGCAGCUACGCUCAUCCCCAUUGCCAAGCAGUUCGUGAGCCUUCGACCAAGCGCACUUGAACAUCUCAUGGAUAUUGUCUGGGCAUGUCUUUCUGAUCUACGAGACGACUUGAGCGCCAGUACAGGCUUUGUCAUGGAUCUACUAGCAAAGCUUUGCAGCUUUCCAGAAGUACUCGAGGCAAUGCGACGCAAUGCCACCAAAGAUGUAGAGCUGUCUUUCUCAAAUUUGGUACCACGACUUUAUCCUUUCUUACGGCAUACCAUUACAAGCGUCCGGUUGGCGGUUCUGCGAGCGCUCCAAACAUUCUUGCAAAUUGGAAACGGCGAAACAAGAGGCUGGGUCAAUGGUCACAUUCUAAGGCUGGUAUUCCAGAAUCUUUUGGUUGAGCGCAACGAAGCAAAUCUCAAGCUUUCCUUGGAUGUAUUCAAAUCUCUGCUCACGGCUGUAACAUCAACGGGAAAUUUGGAAGAAGAAGUUGCACCGCAUGUGGAAGAUUUAAUGGCCUUGGCAUUGCAUCCCAUUGGAACUUCGCGGAACGCGUUGCCAAUGGAGCUUUUCCGUUUGAUGAAACCAUCAGGUCAACUCUACGGCCCCCCACCAGUUGAGCCUCAAAGGGCAGCUAGCGAACCGCCAGCAAAACGUAGAAGACGGUCCGACAAGAAGGAGGACGAACAAGUCACCCAGUCUCACAAUGUUGACGGUCAUAUGAUUUCUGGCGAAGUUGAUCUCGUAGGGAUGGAGACGCUUGUGAGAUCGAGAAUAUUCGCGGCCAAAGCCUUGGGAGCUGUCAUCGCCCGGCUCUCCCAAGGAGACACCUGUGGAACUCUUCAAAAUCUGCUGUUAUCAGGUCUCAAAUCUUCCCAUUCCACCACCCAAAUUGCAGCAAGCUUGAUAAUUGACGAAAGCGCUCAAGCGUGCACUGGAGAUUUUGAUUCGCUCAGACAAGUCACGGGAGAUUUACUUGAAGUCCUCGAUGUUGAUAGACCCGAAAACUAUACUGACAUCUUGCCAUACCUGAAGAUUGCACGCAGCCAAAGUCAAAACCUACUGAACGCCUUUCGAGAGCAUGGUCACGUGCUACCAGCAAGACUUCCGUCAGUCGCUGUCAUUGUCCAGGGUGAAGAGGAUGCUGGUCCUUCGGCUUUUUCAGUUUCGAACGCAGAGUCUUUAGCCACUUCAGACUUUGAUCGGCUGAAGAAGAGCCUCUCGCCUGCCAAUCGUAUCACAUCUGGCAAAAUUCUCGCCGACUCCCAGGCUGCCCUCAAAGAAGCGAUUGCAGAUUUCAACAAUAUAAAGCAAGAGCGCGAUGUUCGGAUCAAGGCUGUAGCGGCGGCUGCUCUUGUUGCCUUGGGUGAAGUCCCUAGAAAACCGUCUUCACUGAUCAAAAGUCUAAUGGACAGUAUCAAGAUGGAGGAGACUUUCGAUCUUCAGAAGCGAUCUGGGUUCGCAAUUGCGUCACUGCUAAAUUACUAUGCCAAGUCACAGAAGCGCGGCCCAGCAGAUAAAAUCACCGGCAAUCUUGCGAGUUUCUAUUGCAUGGACACAGCUGAAACUCCAGAGUUCGGGGUGAAUGCUUCAAAAGUGGAUGUCAUCCUCUCCCUGCACAAGGAGGAAGAUCGCAAAGACUAUGCAAGCACCACCGAUUACGAAAAAGAAGCCAGAGCUGCUCGCAUUGCUCGAAGAGGCACCAAAGCAGCACUCGACGAGCUUUGCGACGGGUUUGGCAUCGAUCUCUUUGUCAAGGCACCAGUACUCAAAUCCAAAAUCGAGGGUCCACUACACCAGGUCCUAGGGGACGACGACUCGAUGGCAAUCGAUCAUACCAAAGAAAUUGGCCAAGAAGUCGUUGACGCACUAUCAGUACUUCGUGCCCUUGUCCCAAAAAUGCAUGUAAACCUCAGACCCUUCAUCGUGGAUUUGAUGCCCUUGGUUGCCAAAGCUUUGCGACAUGAGCUUUCUGUUUUCCGAUAUGCAGCCGCCAAAUGUUUUGCAACCGUUUGCAGCGUCUUGAAGAUUGAAGCUAUGACGAUGCUUGUCGAACAGAUAAUCCCACACGCAAGCUCAGACAACCUCUAUUAUCGCCAGGGAACAACUGAAUUAAUAUACCAUCUGAUACACGUCAUGGAAGACGGCAUUUUACCUUACGUGAUUUUCUUGAUAGUGCCAGUCCUUGGAAGGAUGAGCGACUCUGACAACGAUAUACGGCUUAUCGCUACGACUACAUUUGCGACAUUGGUGAAGCUCGUGCCGCUUGAAGCCGGCAUACCAGAUCCACCGGGGUUUUCUGAAGACUUACUCAAAGGUAGAGACAGAGAGCGUAAAUUUAUUUCUCAAAUGCUCGACUUCAAGAAAGUAGAGCCAUUUGAGCUACCUGUCGCGAUUAAGGCCGACUUGAGACCAUACCAGCAAGAAGGUGUCAACUGGCUUUGGUUCCUCAAUCGUUACCAUCUGCAUGGCAUUCUCUGCGACGAUAUGGGGCUUGGGAAGACCCUUCAAACGCUUUGUAUUGUCGCAAGUGACCAUCACAUCCGCGCAGAAGAGUAUGCACAGACACAAGCCCCAGAUGCUCGCAAGCUACCCUCGCUGAUUGUGUGUCCACCUACACUUUCCGGUCAUUGGCAGCAAGAGAUUGCUCAGUUUGCACCAUUCCUAUCUUGCCUAGCUUACGUUGGACCAUCUCAGGAAAGGGCUCGUCUCAGGGAUCUCGUUGGAACAACCGAUAUCGUUGUCACAUCCUAUGAUGUUUGCAGAAACGACAUAGAUCUCUUUGCUCCUCAAGACUGGAACUAUUGUAUUCUGGAUGAGGGACAUCUGAUUAAGAAUCCAAAAGCGAAGACCUCAAUGGCCGUCAAGAGAAUCAAAAGCAAUCACCGACUCAUUCUCUCUGGUACACCAAUUCAAAACAACGUUCUCGAGCUGUGGUCACUUUUUGAUUUCUUGAUGCCUGGCUUUCUAGGAACAGAGAAAGUGUUCCUCGACCGUUUCGCCAAACCAAUCGCAGCAAGCCGCUACGCAAAGUCGUCUUCGAAAGAGCAAGAAGCUGGAGCGCUAGCCAUUGAAGGCCUUCACAAGCAAGUCCUCCCCUUCCUGCUCCGUCGACUCAAAGAGGAGGUACUACACGAUUUGCCUCCAAAGAUCCUCCAAAAUUACUACUGUGACCUGUCAGACCUACAGAAAAGCCUGUUCGAUGAUUUCGCAAAGAAAGAGCGCAAAACCAUUGCCAACGAAGCCGGCAGUGACUCUAAAGAGGCGAAGCAACAUAUCUUUCAGGCUCUACAGUACAUGCGAAAACUAUGUAACUCUCCAGCCCUCGUCAUCAAACCCGAUCACAAACAAUACCCAGCUAUUCAGAAAACUUUAGCUCGCCAGAAGUCUUCUCUCGCCGACGUCGCACAUGCCCCCAAACUCUCCGCUCUCCGUGACCUCCUCCUUGAUUGUGGUAUCGGCACCGACCCCUCAACCAACACUUUUGUGUCACCCCAUCGCGCCCUAAUCUUCUGCCAAAUGAAAGAGAUGCUCGACAUGGUUGCCACCACCGUCUUCCGCGAUCUAUUACCCAGCGUCCAAUAUUUACGACUCGACGGUAGCGUAGAAGCUGGCAAGCGCCAAAGCAUCGUCAAUCAAUUCAACACAGAUCCUAGCUACGACUGCCUCCUCCUCACCACCAGCGUUGGUGGUCUUGGACUCAAUCUCACAGGCGCGGACACUGUCAUCUUCGUGGAACAUGAUUGGAAUCCUCAGAAAGAUAUGCAGGCGAUGGACCGCGCGCAUCGUAUAGGGCAGAAGAAAGUCGUCAAUGUGUACCGCUUGGUCACGAGGGGGACGCUAGAGGAGAAGAUUUUGAAUAGUAAACCAACAAAACGCCGGUCUCGCAACAAUGGAAACGGACCAAAUCCUCGACCUCUUCAACAUCUCCUCCACCGACUCAUCUACCACCGCCGGUCUCCCCCUCCCCCAAGUAAUGCCACAGACGUGGACGUCAACGCGGGCGGGAAAGAGGUCGAUAUGCUGGACGCGACGACAGGUGAGGUCAAGAAGGUCGGGCAAGGCAAGGGGGUCUUGGACAAUUUGGAGGAAUUGCAUGAUAGUAGGGAGUAUGAGACGGAGUUUGAUCUGGGGAGUUUCGUGCAGAGGAUGAGGGUGUGA